CACUAAACCAGGAUAUUUAAAGAUUUGGAAAAAAUCGCAUGGGAAAGUGAGUGGUUAGUGUUAGCCGUACCUUGGUUCCGCUGGCAUGUUUCCAGUCGGACAUAAUAACAUUGAGCAAAAUGUAGUCGUCGGGGUUAGUAACUAGUUCUCACAAUAAACAUGGACGGUGGUAGAUUAUGAUCUAACUAGCGUGGUUUACAGAGGGUGUGUCUGCCGUCAGACCCUCACCAUGGACCCGGCACACAAAGCAGUGCUGCGGAAACACAGACUGGAUCUGUCCGGUGAGCUGCUGGUCAGCGACACCAUCGUUCCGUUUCUGUUCCAGGAGGACAUCCUGACGGACGCUCAGGUGGACGACAUCGAGUCUCAGUCCACGAACAGACUCAAGACUCUGAGACUGCUAGAUAUCCUCCCGACCCGCGGGCCUCGGGCCUUCCACACCUUCCUGCGGUCCCUGGAGGACUUCAGCUGGGUCAGAGACAGGCUGCUGCUGGAGCUCCAGACUCCACCUGGACCCAGCUCGACAGACGUCUUCCAGCUUCCCGACUCGGUUCUCCCGAGGGUUCCUUCGGAUCGGGAGCUGUCCCGGCUGGCGUCUCGGCUCGGCGCAGAGUGGGAGUCGGUGCUGAUGGAUCUGGGUUUGUCGGCGGAGGCUUUGUAUCGUUGCCGGUCCGAUCACCCUCUCAGUACUCGUGAAGCAGCGCUGGCCGGUCUGGUUCUGUGGAGACGAUCUGAGGGGAGGAAAGCCACCGUGCAGAGGCUGCUGCAGAGCCUGCAGGCUGCUGACGUCCAUCCGUCUGUCCUACAGGACGUCCUGAAGUGA